AGUUUUCAGGAAGUACUGUGUAAUGCAACUGCUUCCUCUGUCUGUACUGACAGCCCAAGACUCGCUUCUGACCGUUUACUCACGGCUGAGUCGAUUCCAGCUACGUUCAAAGGCAGACAUGGACAAGGUGGAUUUGCUAUUUGUCGUGUACCUGAUGUUCUGGUCACGCUGCCAAACAGAAUGUAAACAAGCGUCUUUGCACUUUGCUGCCUUGGGUGACUGGGGGGGCAUUCCAACGUACCCAUUCUCCACCCACUUGGAGAGGGCAAACGCUGCAGAGUUGGCGAGGGUCACAGAAACCGUGGGCCUCGACUUUGUUCUCGGCCUAGGCGACAACUUUUAUUACGGCGGGGUGACGGACGCCGAGGACUCUCGCUUCAAAACAACUUUUGAAGAAGUCUUCAAUCAGUCAUCGCUGCUUAGACUUCCAUGGUAUCUUGUAGCAGGAAAUCACGAUCAUCUGGGAAACGUCUCAGCACAAAUAGCUUAUUCCGCAAGAUCCGAAAGAUGGAACUUCCCUGACCUGUACUAUGAGCUCCAGCUGAAGAUCCCACAGACCAACUCCUCUCUGACCAUCCUCAUGAUUGACACUGUGACGCUGUGUGGAAACACAUACGAUUUAACUCAACCACAGCGUCCGGAGAGUCCUAAAGCCGCCGCCAAACAGCUCCAGUGGAUAAACACGCACUUGGAAAACUGCAAGUCGGAGUUCCUGGUGGUCGCCGGUCACUACCCCGUGUGGUCGAUAGGUCACCAUGGACCCACAUGGUGCCUGGUGGAAAAGCUGAGACCACUGCUGAAGAAACACAAUGUGACACUGUAUCUAAGCGGCCAUGACCACAACCUGCAGUUCAUCCAAGAGGAGGACGGCAGUGCGUAUGUGGUCAGUGGAAGUGGAAACUUUGACGACAGGUCAACGUACCACCGGAAAAAUGUUUCAGCUUCAUGGCUGAAGUUUUCAAGCACUGUCAACAACACCUCCGUGGGCUUUGUUUAUAUUGAAGUCACCGAGCAAAAAAUGCUCAUCACUUACAUCCAGACAGAUGGAAAGUGUGUCUAUCAGACUGCUUUGCCAAAACGCAAAGUGUGACA